UUGGCCACCCCGAUAUAUAGGAUCGCACGGGGGCGUCGGAUUGCACUGUAGCGCCACCCUCACCUGGAGAUAACAGAACUCUCCUAUGCGUGCGCUGCGCCUUUAAUAUUUACGGUUCUCCUCCCCACCUCCCUGCUCGAAGUACAGUACCGUCAACACCAAGCCGGGCUCCUCCGCAGUGGCUUUUCUUAGGAUGGAUGAAUUGAAGAUGUAAGCCUACCCGCCUAGCUGGGGGUGUCUCCUGGUCAACCGUGAGGGAGAGGAAAAGGAGCCACCUCCUGCCGUUUGGGGGGGGGAAGAGCCAGGAUUUGCCCCACCCCCAGGAAAUCCCUCCUGCCGAGGACCCCCUCCCAGGGUUAUGAGAAGGAGAUACUGUUGCUCCUACCUUGGUGGAGUUUUGUAAUACCAGAUCCGGUGGAUCUGAGCGCCCCCUUAGUGCGCAAUGGAGAAAUCUCAGCAGAAAGACCGAAAAAACCGCAAAUCCUCGAAACAAGAUGCCCAGCCUGCUGAACAGAAACUUGACACCGGUAACCGAGGGCUGAAGAAAGUGAGCAACAAGACCGUGAUAACAGGAGGUGCUGGCUAUUUUGGCUUUAGCCUUGGCCGCGCCCUUGCCAAAGCAGGAACCAGUGUGAUUCUCUAUGACAUUAACCAACCCCUCUGGGAAAUUCCAAAAGGAGUAGUAUUCGUACAGGCAGACGUGAGGCACUAUGACCCGCUAUAUGCAGCCUGCGAAGGGGCAGACUGUGUCAUUCACGCAGCCGCGUACGGAAUGACAGGAUUAGAACAAAUGCACAAGAGACAUAUUCGGUCUGUCAAUGUCGGAGGAACCAGUGUCGUCAUUGAAGUCUGCAAGCGGCGAAGCGUCCCCAGGCUGGUCUACACAAGCAGCAUCAACGUGGUGUUUGGCGGGCAAACCCUUAUUGACGCCGACGAGCAGAGUGUGCCUUAUUUUCCUUUAGCAGAGGCUGGCCAGGCAUAUUUCAUCAACGAUGGCGAGAAGGUCAACCUUAUUGAGUGGUUAUCCCCACUGUUUAAAGGAUUGGGUUGCAGCAAGCCAUGGAUACGUGUUCCUGUUAUUAUUGCUUAUUUUUCAGCUGUGGCAAUGGAACACUUCCACAACCUGUUAAUGCCCAUUGUUGAAAUCACACCUUUGGUCACCAGAAAUGAGGUGUACAACAUUGCUUACACGAACACGUUCAAAAUAGAUAAAGCCCGGCAACAGCUCGGCUACGCCCCAAAAAAGUACUUGUUUGCAGACUGCGUGGAUCAUUUUUUGAAAACCAGGCCCCGCAAGAAGAAUUAUUUCAUGCUGAAAAGCUUUGUGGUGAUAGCCCUGUUCAUCGCCCUGAUCAUCCUGGCAGUUUACCGUCAAGAAGUUUGGGAAUUUGUUCACAAGAACUGGGGAAAGUAUCGGCAUCUUGUCGUGCGAUAAACCAGCCGUUCUCAGGCACAGGAUCGGCCGGGGGAACAUUGCCCUUGGAUCGCAUGGUCUGUUUUUCUUAGCUCUAAAGUAGUAGGCAGGCAGGAAGGUACAUUAAGAGGAAUAAGAAACAUACAAGGAAAUCGUCCUGCGGUGGCUAAUGAACAGAAAGCCAAAAUGGCCACCGAAAAUCACACUCAGGAGACUCACACAAGGGGAGAGGGUGUUGUUUUUAUAUCAGCGGUGUCUACGUUCAGUUGGUUCCUCGUCUUUCGUCAAACUGAAGAAGAGAGGGGGGCUUUCAAAGGCUGCGUACAAAUAAUCCUCCACAGACACAUCAGGACGGCCUCUUGCCUCUCCAGGUCAUGAUGAGAAACAACGAAGGUGAGAAAGUGAUCCAGGAGAACAGUGCCAACAGCGAACCAUUUUGCACGGCACCGGAUGUCUCUCGCCAACUUUGCAGCA